CCGAGUAGAUCGGUUAACUUUUGUCCCAGUAUUUUUUUUUUCCCGUCCAAGUGGCCAAUCAGACAGUGAUUAUUGAAGAUAUUUUUAUCAAUAAAAAUGAAGCUUCCAUUUGUGACACAAACGCGGGUGCUGUGAUUAUUGAACAGAUGAUUUUUAUGACCGCAUAGUGCACGUUAACAGCUUUUUGCAAAUGUCGCAGAAAUGUGGUGACAAUUUGCUCAAUGAUAGUUCCGGAAUGGGAGCGACAGUGACUAACUCGUGCGGACAAAUGGCAAACGAGCUAAGUGUAAUCCAAUGGACAAGAGAAAAUGUGGCCGAAUGGGCCCGAAAAGAGUGUCUAAAUAGGAAAAUUAUUGAAUGCAUAGUGAAGGAAGAUAUCGACGGAAAAUGUUUGUUGACGUUGUGCGAAAAUGAUAUCAAAAGUUUGCGGGAGAAGUAUGCUUACGGGCUUACUCUGGGGGAUAUGAAAAGGUUCUGGUUUUCGGUACGAUUGGUGCAGAAACAGAAUGCGACUACAUUGGCCUAUUUGGGAAUACACCCUGCAAAUGGGGGCGAUGGAUUGGGACCAGGUGGCGGACAGCACCAUCACCAUCACCAUUCAUUACUGUCCAGCUUGGGGACGAGCUAUGCUUCAGCGGAUAUACAUUUUAGCGAGAUUGAGCGGAUUUCACCCCCAAUGUCAAUUGAUGGCAGAGCGACCUGUAUACAGCCGGAAUUCUUCAAAACGAUGAUAAGUUUGGGUUAUGCUUUCUUGGUCACCUGGAUAACUGCUUUCGUGAUGGUGGUGGUGCACGAGCGAGUGCCGGACAUGAAAAAAUAUCCCCCUCUCCCGGACAUUUUCCUCGACAACGUUCCGCACAUCCCCUGGGCUUUCCACAUGUGCGAAGUUACCGGCACGCUGCUAUUUUGCAUCUGGAUCUGCGUGCUGGUAGUACAUAAACAUCGAAUGGUAUUAUUACGGCGCUUUUUCGCGCUGGCUGGCACGGUCUUCCUGCUUCGUUGCGUGACGAUGCUGAUUACGUCACUGAGUGUGCCGGGAACGCACCUGGAGUGCACUCCACAUGAUCACAAGUUCGACGAUAGUUCGAAUGUGCGGAUUACGGAAAUGGUCUACCUGCGCAUCAGCCGAGCCUACACCAUUUGGAGCGGUCUAGGAAUGUCGAUCCAGGGCGUGCGAACGUGCGGCGAUUAUAUGUUCAGUGGCCAUACGGUGGCGCUGACUUCGCUCAAUUUCUUCAUUACAGAGUAUACACCGCGCAAUUUGUACUUUCUGCACACGCUGACGUGGCUUCUCAACAUGUUCGGAAUAUUUUUCAUUCUGGCCGCACACGAACAUUACUCAAUCGAUGUGUUUGUUGCGUUCUACAUAACUUCCAGACUAUUUCUCUACUAUCACACGUUGGCUAAUAAUCAGGCACUAAUGUCUCACGAUUCUAAUCGUACGCGCAUCUGGUUUCCAAUGUUCAGUUACUUCGAAAGCUCGGUCGAUGGCAUCAUCCCGAAUGAGUACGACACCCUUUCUGGAGUGCUGUUCAAGCUGUUCGAGUGUGUCCUUUUCGUGAAGGAUGUUUGCAUGUUGACGGCUCGGCGCUUCUGGAUCGCCCAUGGCAACAUUGAAGCCCUGCGAGAGAAACAUAAACACCUGCUGCGCGCCAAUUCUCAACUCUUAUUUCCCAACAAUCUGAACCCAAGUGGAGGAAGCCCCUCUGCAACCGACAAGAAGCCCUCUAAAUGUAACAACAUAAACGCAGAUACCAGCGCUAGUAUGAAGCGAAAAUCGUUUAGCAAUGCUCCAAUAGAGAAAUCUUUCACGGAUACGGACGAUACGACCAAUGAAGUCAACAAAAAGGAAAUGUAGAUGCGGGAUAAAUAGAUGCGUGGAUCUAUAGGUAUUCUGGUAACACGGUAAUCAUUUAUUUGGUGUUACUUUGAAGGUACGGUUUCAACCGACAGCGCUUCAACUGUACAAGUUAUGAAAAAUUAAUUUAUUUGUUAAAAUAGGUAUAUUUGUUGUAACACCUUUGAAACUCAAACUAUUACGAAUAGGAAGGGCUAUUUCUUAUUUAUAAUAAUUUAAAUUUACAACAAAUAUGUGAUAUUAUUUGGAACAAAUAGGAGAUACGAAAAUUUUGUUAGUGAACUGAAGCAAUACCUACUAGCUGUCAAAAUCAAAAUGAAUGAUCUCUACAGACUACUUUUUGUUUUCUCCUCAAGCAGAAAACGUGACUCCUUCAACGCGAAACUGAUACCUAUCUAUAUAUAAUUCCAUUCCUUCAUUUGGCACUCACCAUUCAUUACAUUAGAGCGAGCGAAAGCACUAGUAUUAUAUUUCAAUGCAACGGAAGAGAUAGCGACGAACUUUAUACAAACUAGGGCAGCGUAAGCCAAAAAUUAAUAACUCCUUUCUCCGAGCCUGCUAAGUAAUAGAUAGUAGUUGAAAAACCAUGGUACAGCGUCUAAUAACAGUUCAAUGUUAAACAAAAACAAACGGUACUGUUUUACAAUUUAAAAAAAGGUUUAUCUAGUCCAGAAGUAAUUUUUCUAACGAGCAAAAGAUUGAUUAUGCACCAUUAACUGUUGUUCUAGGAUUUACAUUCUUCCCGAAAGUCUAAGGUUUUUCACACAAACUUAACUAGUAAUCUUCCAGCAAGCUUACCAAAUGGAAACCAAAAGAUAAAGCAACAGUUUGUACCGUAUUGUACGAGCAAAGAGGCGAAUCCUUUAACGCACAUUCGGUAUAUAUUUCAUUAGGAGAGACAUUUUUUUUCUCUACACUCCUAAGAAGUCCUUAUUAUUAUGUAAUAUAGGUAAACAAUGUGGGAUAAAAAUGUUAAUGACGAACGUUAACUAUAGGAAAACAAAGAUUAUUUGGGAUAAGUAAACAUUGCUUCUGAGGUAA